AUGGGCGCAGGCCACAUCGGCCGUCGGGUAGCGCUAGUAUGGGCCUCGGCGCUCCGCCCGGUGACGGUGUACGACAUCUCCAAAAACGCGCUUCGCUCCUCGACCGAGUACAUCACCGACAACCUAGCCAAGUACUGUCUCGAACACGGGACCCAUCCCGGCCCCGUCCACUUCACCAGCGACCUCCGCGAAGCAACCACAGCUGGCAAACGCCACGGUCUGAAGUUGGACUUCAGCGCGGCGCACGACACUGAACCCAAAUCGACACGCAAAAAGGGACCGUGGAUGGUAAUCGAAUGUCUCCCCGAAAACCUCUCCCUCAAGAUCGCUGCCCUCGCCGAGAUCGAGCGCCUUCUCCCGGAGAACUGCAUCAUCGCGUCCAACAGCAGCAGCCUGAUGACUUCCGAAAUGGCGCCGCACCUGCAACACCCCGGUCGUCUCAUCAACACGCACUACUACAUCCCGCCGCGCAACGUCAUGGUGGAGGUCAUGUCCUCCUCGCACACGUACGAGGGGAUUUUCCCGUUCCUAACACGGGAAAUGAAGAACAUGGGCUUGACGCCCAUGGUGGUGCCGCCCGGCGUGCAGUCGCAAGGGUUCAUUUUCAACCGCAUCUGGGCGGCAUGCAAGCGCGAGACGCUGGCGGUGCUGCAGGAAGGGGUCGGACAGCCGGCCGAGAUUGACGCAUUGUUUCGCGACUUUUUCCAUGCCGAGAAGGGACCCUGUGAGCGCAUGGAUGAGGUUGGGCUGGAUGUGGUGGCCAAUGUUGAGGAGCAUUAUAUCGAGCAACGGCCGGAACUUGCAAGGUCUGGCGAGAAGCCGCUGGAGUGGUUAAAGAAGACGUAUGUUGGGCGUGGUGAUCUGGGUGAGAAGAGCGGCGACGGGCUGUAUACGUGGGAGGAGCGGGAGGCGCUCAAGGCGAAGCACAAGCGGGAGAAAUUUCCCGAGAUGGAGGAGGCACUUGGUGCUUGA